AUGCAUCCCUCCGUCGCUCUCUUCAUCCCCAUCUUCACCUCCUUCGCAGCCGCAGCCACAACCGCAAGCGCAACCUCAACUCUGGUACCCGACCACUCGGCCAUCUUCUCCGCGGAACUCUUCACUACAAACGCCAACUGCAACAGAACCGGCGCCUUCAAGUCGUUCCUGUACAGCCGGGGUUCGUGCCAGAACUUCGCGAUCCCGGGCGCCGGGUCGGCGCGCGUGGAUUACAAUGAGCGGCCGAAGGAGCUCACUUUGACGGGGUGGACGGAAGCAGAUUGCAAAGGCAGGGCGGUGCCUUUCGGGACGGUAGUCGGGCUUUGCGUGCCCCUGAAUGGGACGGCGAUUGCGAGUUGGUCUGAUUAG